GGGAAGAUAUAUCAUAUUGUUCAUUUCUUUCUCUCAGUCUGCCAUCCCGGUUGCGGGGCUUAUAGCUCGGUGAGUCUUCGAGAGAAGAGAGAGAGAGUGAGAGAGAGAGAGGAGGAGGUGGACAGAGCGAAAGAGGGCGGAAUGCCCCUUUACAAGCGUCGCAUCUGACUAAAACAGCGGAGAAGCUCGUAAAUCGGAAAUUGGACAGAGGGAUACAGUGGUGUCUGCAACGCCAAGGUUAUGUUGGAGAGUCUCCACAAAUCUGUAUGGGUUCCAUACUGAUGUGUUGGCGGGACCACGAAAACUGAUGUGUUGCACCCACUCAAGUUGGAGCUAGAUGACUAAGAACUCAACUCUGUUCCCAAUUGGAAGUUUAAAAAAAAAAAGCCACUUGUCCGCAGGGUCCUGUUUCUGGUCUUGGAAAGAUUAGGAAAAUAACAAGCUAAAGGGAAAGUGAGCGGGGUGGGUGUCGCUCAUACAUUGGCACCCUGUGAACCAGACCAAGGCAACCUACAGACCGCUCCCUCGUCAGCUUCCUCUUUUUCUCAGUUCACACCUUGCAAAAGGUGGACAAGCCAACACUCUACUUACCUGAGCGCCGUCCGAUAGGUGAGGGCGGCGAGGGCUGCGCUGUCAUUGGCUGACUGCUGGUGAGAGUGCAAUGCGGAUUGGAGGAUGUCGGGGGACUGGGAUGAAGACCUGUGUAGGAAGGCGCUGGUGUUGGUGGAGGAGCUGUGCUUUAACUCCCCGGGAGGUUACAGUCAGAGUGAACGCUGCCAGGAGUUCAGCUACCUGCUGAGCGGUCGCAACAGACGGCUGGACACAGAGAUCUCUGUCAGUCUUCUGUCGGUCAUCGUGACAUUCUGCGGCAUCGUCCUACUCUCCGUCUCCCUCUUCGUCUCCUGGAAGCUCUGCUGGCUGCCAUGGAGAGACAAGGAGGGCGGAGGCCUGAGCCUGACAUCGGGGUUGCUGCCCGGAAGUGCCGGUGUCGGAAGCCUCGGAGGCACCGGGGGCUCACUCUUACCCCCCUUGCUGCAGAGGAAGGAGGGCCACUCCUCGUCCUCGCUCUACCCCUCCCUGGGCCAGCAGGGCCAGCACCACCCCCAUUUCUCUGACCUGGUGGGGCUGGAGAGGGGGGAGGUCGGAGGUGUGGUUGGGGGGCCACAGGAGACCCAAGAGCCCUCCUACCUGGACAUGGACUCCUACCCCAACAAUGCUGGAACUCUGAAGCUGAGUCAGACCUCUCCAGAUGUCCCCAACGCGGAGGUUGGAGCCCAGCCCCAUAAAGACCUGCCCAACGCUCAUUCCCAGCAGCAGGUCACGUCUCGGCCCAAGCCCAUGACUCACCAGCUCUCCAGUCCGGAUUUCCACGGCGAGGAGAAGGAGCAGGUAACCAGCAUUGGGCAGAUCAAACCGGAGCUCUACAGACCCAAGGGUGACCAGGGCGAAGGCAAACAGGGCGACAACUGCGGCAAGAUCAGCUUCCUCCUGCGCUACGCCUUUAAUACGGAGCAGUUGGUGGUGAAGAUCCUGAAAGCUUUGGACCUGCCAGCAAAGGAUGCCAACGGCUUCUCUGACCCAUACGUAAAGAUCUACCUACUGCCAGACAGGAAGAAGAAAUACCAGACCAAGGUCCACAGAAAGACCUUAAACCCAGUGUUCAACGAGACGUUUCAGUUCGGCGUGCCGCUGAAUGAGCUACAUUCCAGGAAGCUACAUUUCUCUGUGUACGACUUCGACCGCUUCUCCAGACACGACCUGAUUGGCCAGGUGGUGGUGGACAACCUGCUGGACUUCAGCGAGGGCAGCGGGGACAAGCCCGUCUGGAGGGACAUCGUGGAGGGCACCGCGGAGAAGGCUGAUCUCGGGGAGCUUAAUUUCUCGCUGUGUUACCUGCCCACUGCAGGCAGGCUCACUGCUACAGUCAUCAAGGCCACCAACCUCAAAGCCAUGGACCUGACUGGCUUCUCAGAUCCGUACGUGAAGGCCUCUUUGAUCUGUGAUGGGCGAAGGCUAAAAAAGAGGAAGACUUCUAUUAAGAAGAACACACUGAACCCCACAUACAACGAGGCGCUGGUGUUUGACAUUCCCAAUGAAAAUAUAGAAAGUGUAUCCAUCAUCAUCGCCGUGAUGGACUAUGACUGUAUUGGUCAUAACGAGGUUAUAGGGAUGUGUCGUGUGGGCAGUGAAGCCGAAGGACCAGGGAGGGAGCACUGGACAGCCAUGCUGGCCAAUCCACGAAAACCAAUAGAGCACUGGCAUCAGCUUGUGGAGGAAAAAGCGAUUGGUACAUUCGUGUCGAAGACUGCUACAGCAUCCUCCCCUAAGCCGCACAUCGUGGUGGACAGUCCUCACUCCGAUUAAAAGCUGUCAUUAUCAUCUCUCCGGCUCCAGACUUUCCUUUCUUUCCUCUCAUCUGUGAAUAAUUCCCUCCAUCAAAGAAAGAGAGACACGGAGACGCUGCUAGUGUCCAACUGCUAGUGCUGUUUUGCUCCUGCUAAUGAAUUCUCCAAGUCCUGUGCUGUCUUUACCAAGCCGGGGGAAAAGAAAAAAAACAACAUCCAUCACAAGCUACACGUUGAGCAUCAGACUACACAUUUACAAACACAUGCAGACACUAAAUGUACAGUAGGACUGAUUUCAGGUGUAAAUUUGGGAUCUAGCAAGGGAACAAAAACCUAUAACACACACACACACACACACACACACACACACACACACACACACACACACACACACACAAAUACACACAGAGUUUGUAGUAUGUGCGUAGUUCAUGUGUGCUUCAGAUUAGUGUAGUAUUUCAUCUAGGAAGAGUGUGAAGUGACAAACUUUUCUUUCUUGAAAAGAAAAAGAAAAAGAAAAAAGAAAGCCAUCCUAGGAUGGUCAUUUCAAUCAGGACCAAAGGUUCAUGCCCUUGUACAGACUAUAAAAGAAGAAAAUCACUAUGUCGAUAUUUUUCUUUGCAAUAUUGGUGUACAGUAUAUGCCGUACUGUAUGGGAAAACAUCUCACGUAGUACUUAGCAGGACGAAACAUUCAAAGUGGAUUCUCCCAGCCAUUUUGGACGCCUUCUCCAGGCUCCGCGUUUUCUUGUUUCAGACUCGACUCGCUUAUUUUCCCCAGAGGAAAGACGACAAAGUGUCCAGUGGUCUUUAUUGAUGUCAGAGGAGCGAAAAAUGAGGACUGACUCAUUGGUUUAAGCAUGUUGCGCAACUUUGAAAUGUGUCCCUCUUCUUCGUGCUUUAUGUCAGCAUCCUUAUGGUGCUCAUCACUAUCUAUAUUAUUUUUGCUCUGUUGUCUGUUUGAUACACAUAUAACCAUCAGGAAAGGAGUUCAUUCAUCCCAUUUAUACUGUCCACUGAUGGUGUGAGCUUCCGAUAGACAUGGACUAUUUGAUCGUCCUCUGGUUUCUGGCCAAACAUGCAGACUUUUCCUGAUGGACUACACGGGUUGAAUGAAACCUGCGUUUAGGAUCGGACCAGCAUCAGUUUGGCGUGUACUCUCCAGAGGAUGUAUCCCACAGGGAAGGAUAUCACCGCUCUAUUUUAUUUUUCUAUCAUUCCAGGACUUUUUCUUUUCUUUUCUCAAAAGGUUAUUGUCCAGCUUCAACUGAGAAAAUCAUUAUCGUCAAGUCCACAUCAUGUCCCUGACAAGACUUAAGAAGGACACACACUUCUGUGUUGCUUUUAUUAGUGUGUGUUUCUGUAUUUGUGGGCGUGUUUGUUUUGUAUUUGUGUGCGUCUGUGUGUGUGUGUAUGCCUGUGUGUCACUGUGACCUUGUGUGUGACACGUUUCUGUGCUCGCCUCCUCCCUUGUCCUUUUUUUGUCUUCGCCUCCCUCUCUCUCCCCCACUCCCCAAAUCCCGGCAUCCAUAGACUAAAACGUCUCGGAGCCAAACGUGUCUUCUGUCCUAUGUCUUUACAAGGAGCCAUUUUGUGUGUGUGUGUGUACGCGUGUGUGCGUGUGUACUAUAUGUGCCUCAUUGCAAUAGGUGGGGAAGCACUGUCUUUCAUAGACAUUAGUUUGUAUUGUCUAUGUCGUCUCUGAAAUCAGCUGCCAAUCAUUCCACCCCCUCCCCUCCCUAACCCUUUGCCUGAUGUAAGUAACUGUGUUGAUCGUUGUACUUCUUUCAGUAAUUUGUGUACUGUAUGUCCGAGGGAAAAACCAGAUUGCACAGUGAUUGAAAAUUGAAUUGUUGGUUGUGUUUUGUUUAAAUUACGAGAAGGAAUGCAAAAAAAAAAACGAGGAAAAAAAAAAAAUCAAGGCUCAUUUGUUACGGCCUACAGAUCAUGACAAAUUUAGAUCCUCUUAAAGCAAGACAACGGGGAGGAGGUGUUGUGAGAGAACAAGCGCCUGCGAUUUCUGCACUUCCUGUGUAAGCCGAUACAGACUUAUAAAGCCAUGUCUGUCACCACUACUACGACUACUACUGUAACCUCAGCGAAACAACAGUACAACACCUCACUACAGCUACUUGUAUUGCUAUCGUUGCCAUUUCUCUCUCAUCCUAUCACACACACACGGUAAUGGAGGAGUGUGUGUGUGCGCGUUUCAGGGUAGGGAUCUAGUUUCUUUCUCUUUACUUUUGGCCCGUGCAAGUGUAGUGAGACUUCCUGGUGUGUGCUUGAUCGGGUAUACGGCAAGUGACACAACCCCCAUCAAACCUGCAAGUAUUCUGUGUGAUUUGUCAGCUGGGGGAUUAUCGACCAGCUUGUAUAAGUAGAUAUGGUAUUGAUCCAUUGGUCUCCAGGCCCCAUAAUUCUCUCUUUCCCAGCCUCUCUCUCUCUCUCUCUGCUUGUGUCUACCCUAUUUAGCCCUUGUGUUACUGCCUGGUGAUGGAUUACAAAACCCAUACUGGAACCAGCACAUUCCCUUAUUCUCUGUCCCUCUCUUUCUGUUUCUGUCUGAUUCCUGAUUCUGUCCUCCAGCAAUCCUUAUCUUUCCUCCCGCUCCACUCCUCCACCUUCCCGUUCACCUCUAAUUCCCUACCCCCCCCCCCCCCCCCACCUUCAAGUUCCCUCUGCUAUCUCACAUCCCUCUUUCUUUCUUUCUUUCCUUCUUUGUAUGACACCCUCCUUCUGUCCUCUCUAUUGUCUUCCGCUGUCUUCUCGUGUUAGUGCAGUUCUGAAUGGUCAUGGGGAAACAUGUUUGCAUGCUUAUAUUAACAUGAAUGAUGUCAACUUGAUGCAAUGAAAAAUUAUAUAAGUAAUGCUUUAAGCAAAAUCUGACAAUGAACUUGUUACUAAUACUACUAAUGACGACUAAAUGGAGACCUAGCAAUUGUUUAUCUCUGUGGUCAAAAACAAUGAUGAUGAAAUAACAUUGUUUAUGCUGUAUUUAUCUCAAAUUGGUAUUCUCUUUGAUUUUCAAUUGUUUUUUUAAUAUAUAAUUUAUUCAAGAGGUUUACUUUUUUAUUGGUUAAAGCUGAGAAUUUUGAGUGGGGGGUUCAGUCAGGGCGAUUGUUUCAGUCGGGACAGCUGUACCAGGUCGAUAACGGUGAAUGUGUAAGUAACAGUGUGGCUGAAGCAAUGAUAAUGGGAAUAAAGGAUAUGUAUCAUCCA